UGUAUUACUGGGCCAAGCAAUGGGCCAGCAUCAGCUAGCCAAGUCCAGUAAGCAUCAACAAAUCUGACGUACCCCAUUCGUGCCCCGUCUCCACUCCCGCUGCCGACUCCGGCGACCACCAUGGCCACUCGCCGGAGCCCCGCCACCACCCACCACCGCCUUCUCCUACUCCUCCUACCCUUGCUGCUAAUCGGCUCGUUCCUCCUCCCCCUCUCGUCCGCCUACCGCCCCGGCGACAUCAUCCCCAUGCUCCGCUCCGGCCAGUACCACGGCUCGAGGUCGGUGUGGUUCGACGUCAUCGGCCGCCACUGCCCGGUCUUCGCGGUCAACCGGGAGGUGCUGAUGCCGAUCCCCAAACCCACAGGGUUCACCGGUGCGGAUCCGUAUAAGAUAACAUUUCAGAUUGGACACGAAAAGUUCCAUGUUCCUUGGCUUUAUGUUAUUAAUCGCAAAAGCUCUGAAGUUCCACUGAUUGAUUUCCAUUUAAAAUACACUGGAAACGAUUUGCUUGGUGUUACGGCUAAAGUAGUCGACAUGCCUCACCAUUUUGUGGAACUUCAUCCUGACAUAAAGAAGGAUUUCUGGGAUCAACAGAAUUGGCCAAAAUAUGUACUUGUUAGUUAUACAUGGGAGGAACAAUCAGAGAUAGAUGUUACUGCAGGAUUCUAUGUGUUAUUUGGAUCUGGCCUUGUUCUUUCCUUCAUCCUUGCAAUCUAUGUAUUGCAAUCAUCUCAAGAUAAGUUAACAAGGUUUGUGCGAGAAGCGGUUUCUGAUAGCAGUCUACCUGAAGGAGGGGUUGCAAAGGUUGAGUGAUGUUUCCACAAGGGGCUGUUGAAUUAUCGACAAAUGUCCACUUAUGGAAACACCGACAAAGACAUUGUGAACUCAAGCUUUCUUGGGAGCGUGGACAAUAGCAUGCAUCUGAAGAACCGGUGAACCAUUUUGUAUGCAUGCAUUGUACGGAACUGACAGUUACAACAUGGCGAGUUAAAUGAGAGAUGGAUUAUAGGUUUUUCCUUGGUAUAACAGAACAUUUAGCAAACUGAAGUAUGUGCAGUUGCUAGCUCAUUACAGUUUUGAUAUAUGACCUGUGUGAUUUCAAUGUUGCAAGAAUUUGUCUUCUACAUCUACAUUUUGAUAUAAAAACAGGCACCGUGUACACCUCUACA